AUGGCGGGGCGGGCCGGCCUGAAGGCCACGCGUCUGGACCCGCUGGAGGCGGCGGGAGCCGCGGGGCCGCCCAGCCUGGUGGCCUCGGGCGGCACCAUCGUCGCAACCGCCUGCGCCGGCGCCGUCUCGGUGCUGUGCCCCGGUCGCAGCCCCAUCCUGCUCAAAGCCGACAGCACCAGCAAGCCCAUCGCCUCCCUGGCCGUGUCGCGCGACGGCCAGUGGAUUGCGGCGGGGCAGCGCGGCGCCAAGCUGGCGCUGUUCCUUUGGCGCGCGGCAGCGGCAGACGGCGGCGCCGCAGGCUGGGCUCAGCCGGCCCUGGAGAUUGCACGGGCCCAGCACAACUUUGGCAUCGCCGCCCUGGCCUUCAGCCCCAGCGGCCGCCUGCUGGCCUCCCACGGCGCCGAGCGGGACCACCAGGUGGUGCUGUGGAGCCCGCAGGCCUCGGGCAAGCAGCUGGGCCGUGCGCGGAUCAAGGAGAGCUACGACGCCAUCGCCUUUGCGGCAGAGGACAGCCUGGUGUGCAUCAACCGGCACAACCUUGCGGUGUGGGCCCUGGAGCGCUGCACCUCGCCCGGCGGCAACAGCAUGAAGCUGGCGUGCCGCUCCUUUGCGCUGCCGCCGCUCCCGUCCCACGCCCGCUUCGUGGGCCUGGCGGCGGCGGCGGCCCAGCCCGGAGGCAACCCGCGCGCCGUGCCCCGCCUCCUUGCCGCCACCGAUGGCGGCAGGCUGCUGCGGCUGCGGGCAGGCGGGCCCACGGUGGACAAGGCGGUGGAUGUGCAGCUGCUGCAGGGAGCCAAGCUGAUGCACCUGGCGGUAUCCGGGGAGCUUGUGGCGGUGGCAACCUCAGGCGGUACCAUCGCCCUCUACUCUGCUGCCAGCCUGGAGCUGGCGGGCGUCCUGCCGUCCGCACAGGGCAGCCAGGGCGGACGCUGCAGUAGGGACGCCGUGCUGGGCUGCGCCUUCAGCCCUGACGGCCAGGCGCUGACCGCCUGCACUGCCGGCGGGCAGCUGGUGGCCUGGCACCUUGCCGACCUGCAGCACCCCACGCCCGCACUCAUGAGCCAGUCCCACAGGCAAGCCGAAGCCAUCACCGACGCUGUCAUCGUGCCAGGCGGCGGCGAGGGCGGCAGCCGGCUGGCCACAUGCAGCCUGGAUGGCUCCCUGCAGCUGUGGGAGUGCGCCAGCAGCGGUGCCCUGCGCUGCGCCGCCACGCUGGAUUUGCGGGCGCAGCUCAAGUCUGCCGCCACCAAGCUGCUGUGCCUGGCUUCCAGCCCCGACGGUCGGCUGCUGGCGGCAGGCGACGCCGCUGGCUGCGUCCAUCUCGUGGCUGUAGCUUCCUCGGCGGCGGCCCCUGCCAGGCUGGCCACCCAGCUGGCGCAUGCAGACGACGUGACUGCCCUGUGCUUCGCAGCUCCCUGCGCAGAGGCAGAGGCAGAGCCCGCGCCUGGCAGCCAGCCGCUGCUGGCGGCUGCCAGCAGGCGGGGCCUCAUCAAGGUGCUCAGGGUCCAGCUGGACGGCACCUGCACCCAGGUGGCCACUGUGGCGGAGCACCAGGCGGCGGUGACGGGGCUGGCGCUGCCUGCCGGCGGCGCCUGGCUGGUCAGCGCAGACCGCGGGGGCAAGCGCCUGAUGCACCGCCUGGAUGCCGCGGCAGGCACCUCGCAGGUGGUUGCACAGGCGGCCAUCCCGCGCUGCAGCUUUGUGGGAGGCCUGGCGCAGGGGCUGCGCGGCCAGUCGCUGGUGGGCGCCAGCCGGACCGGCAAGGUCUACACCUGCGACGUCAGCGGGCAGGAGAUGGGCGUGGUGCAGGUGCUGGAACGCAAUCAGGGCGAGCUGGCCAGCUUCGCCAUUGACGAGAGCCUGAGCCUGCUGUGCGCAGCCACCACGCACGGACAGCUGCUGCUGUGCAGCCUGGCCGGCGGUAAGACGGUGCCGGUGGCGGCCUGCAGGGCUCACCUGGCAGGCACUGCCAUCAGCAAGGUGCUGAUCACUCCAGACAGCCGCUGCAUCGUGUCGGUCGGCGAGGAUGCCAGCCGCCCGCGCACUGUGGCAUGCGACGUGGAGGCCCCUGCCGGCUCCGGCAGCUGCUCCAGAGCUCUGAGCGAGAGCGUGACCUCCGCCAUCCGGCCCAGAGACCUGCUGGCUGCCAUGGAUGAGGAGGUGGCGAGCGGGCCGCAAGAGCCAGCCGAGGAGGAAGACGCCGCCAUCCCUGCAUCGGCAGCGCCGCCGCAAGAUCUGGUGCCCCAGGCAGUCACCACGCUGCUCAUCCCACCAGCUCCCCAGCCGGAUGCUGCCAACUUGCUGGCCCCAGCGGCGGUGCUGGACACUGCAGAGGACUGUGAGGACGUGGCGCCGCGCGCCGCCUCCAUCCCGCCCUCACCCAACCGCCACGCCAUGCUGGGCGGCAGGCAGGCGCAGCUGGAGGAGCUGCUGGAGCUGCAGGCCCGCUUUGCGGCAAUGAAGCCCCGCGGCGGCGCGUGCGCUGGGCAGGGCCAGGAGACCGCACCUCCUGCCGCCGUCGCUGCAGCCGCGCCCGCUGCUGCGCCUCCAGCAGCCGCCUCGCCCGCGCCGCCGCCGCCGGCCGGCUCCCCAGGGCCCAUCUUUGGCUCUCCCUACCAGAGCAUCUCCUCCCUCAGCCUGGGAGCCCUCAGCUCCCCAGCCCUCCACUCUCCCGAUGUGUUUUCAGACCUUGAGGAGCCUGCCGGCGGCGGCAGCGAGGCUGCGCUACCGGCCACCACCAGCUGGCACCCGCUGCGUGGCGCAGCCGCGCCCAAAGGGCCCACCCUCCUGCCAACCAGCCCGCUGCAGCCUGGGCCUGACGCAGCUGGCGGCGGCAGCAACACAGAAGCCGGUGCUGCGCGGGACAGCGGCAGGCAGGGCGGGGACGCGCCCCACAUUGCCAAGCUCAAGAGCGGCCGCAGCGCCAGGCUGCAGCGCCUUGUGCGCACACGCCACGACAGCGCAGACCUCCUGUACUCCCCGCUGCCGCGCACGGGGCAGCGGGUGGCAGGCUCCACGCCGCCUCACGCCAGCGCCACCGCCAGUGUAGCCCGCGGGCGGCCUGACCGGGAGACACCAGGGUGCGUGCCUGGGCCAGAGGAAGGCCCUGCCCCGGCGGCAGCAGCGGAAGCUGCUGCGCCAGCCACGGCGCCGGCUUCGCCGCCCGAUGGCCCCGCCGGCGCCAGCACCCCGCCCGCCCCCUGCUCCGCCACCGUGGACAUUGGUGGCGAGGGCAGCCCUCUGGGCAGCGCCUCUGUGAACCAGACCCGUCGCCGGCGGUCCUGGGGCCCUGUGCCCAGCAGCGAGCCCCGCCGCGCGCUGAGCUCGCUGAGCAGCUGCGGCAGCGCAGAUCCGGAGGCGGCGGGGUUUGGCGCCGAGCAGCGGCGCCACUCCGCCCUGGGCAUCGAGCAGCCGCCGGCAACCGAUGGGUUCAGCGUGUAUGCCGACUCCAGCGCCAAGGGCACUCCCGCCGCCGCAGGCAGCAGCUGCAGUGGCGGUGGCAGCUCCACCUCUCGCCGCCUGUCCUUCUCUUUCGGCGGCGGCGGCCUCGCGUUUGGCUGCACUGAAAGCAAGCAUGAGGACACGCCGCCUCUGCCGGGCCAGCCCAAGCCCGGCGGCGCUGCUGAGCCGACAGCGGCCGGCCCCGCCCUUGCUUUCCGCUGGGCAGGAUACAGCAGCCCCGGGCUGCCUGGGCCUGCAAUGAGGGACAGGCCUGCGGUUCCCCGCCUGAACUUGGCAGCGGUGCAGGCCGCCCCCGAGCAGCCGGCGGCUGCCAGCGGCGGCAGCAGCGCCGCGUUUGCCCAGAAGCGCAGCAGGCAGGCCAGGGAGGCUGCCUCUCCCGCAGAGAGCGCUGCCAGCACCGGCACGGGAGGCAGCCCGUGGUCGACAGGCGGCGGCAUCGACAGCCCGCCUGCUGGCGUGGAGGCGUGGGAGGCUGCCGCCGCCGCCGGAGCGGCGACCCCCGACCCGGGGGGCACUGCCUCACCUGCCAGCAAGAAGAGCAGGCCCGCGCUGCCCUCCCCGCCCCGCCUCGUCAUAGACUGCCAGCUCUUCUCUCCGGAGCUCUCAGCAGGCAGGCCCCAGGCGCCCGCGGCCGCCGCCACCGACGCCGCGCCUGACGCACCGAGCGGCACCUCUGCAAGCCAGGAGCGACCGGCGUCCCUGUGGCCCGUGGCAGCGGGCAGCUGCAGCGCCGCCGGCGCCGCCGCCGGCGCUCCGGAGGCACUGGAUCCCUUCAGCAGGCCAGCCAGCUAUGACCCUCUGGCUACGGCAGAGCAGGAUGCACCUGGGGGAGUCCUGCCGGCACCGCCGCCUGCCGUGGCCCUGGAUCAGAGCCCCGCUGCCAGCCACGACGCGGCUGGCAGCUCAGACUCGGCGCCAGCCUCCUCCCUGACCCUGCCUGCCGCGUCUCCUGCCAGCGGCAGCAGGGGCGGCAGCUCUGCAGAGGAGGCGCAGGCGGCUGCUGGACCCGCUGAGGUGCUGCGCUUCUUCAGGCAAGGCCUGCAGGUGCUCGCCAGCCUGCAGCAGGCAGGCAUAGGCGGCUCUGGUGGCCUGCUCGAUGCUGCAGCAUUCCGGGCAGAGCUGCUGGACAUAGCUGGCCAGCUGCACCGAGCAGCCGACCACGUGGCGCCGCCGGGCGACGGCGGCGGCGCGUCUGCGGCUGUGGUGGCUGGCGGCCAGGAGAAUGUGCACAGCAACGGGGGUGGCUGCCCCGCUGACCUGGCGGCUCGUGCUGACCUGGCGGUCCUCAAGCAACAGAUGGGCGAGCUGAGGAGGGAGCUGGCACAGCUGCGCAGCAAGUGA